CCGCCAGCCACUGUAGUGCGCUGACUUUCCGCGCAGCUUGACGCGUGAUGUGCUAGUGCCAGUGAAGUGACUGUGUGUGCACUAUGGGCUCUAUGCGAUACUUCAGCGCAGGCGCGCUGUUUACAAUUGUCUUAUUAACAGAAUGUCUCGGGGCAAACGACCGUUCCCGGCAGCGCUCCGGGCCAAUCAGGAGCGUUCCGGUCGCGGCGGAUAUAAAACGAGAGGCUAACUUCGACUGCCCCGAAGAGUUUGGCUACUACCCUCAUCCCACUGACUGCACGCUCUACUAUGUCUGCGUGUUUGGCGGCGCACUACUUGAAUCGUGUACUGGCGGUCUUAUGUACAGCCAUGAGCUCCAAACAUGUGACUGGCCACGUAAUGUCGGCUGCGAUGCAACCGGCGCUGUUGUCGCUGAUGACUUGGAGAGGCUAAAUGAGAGGGAACCACCACCACCCCCACCCCGCAGGAACCCACCACCAGCCCCUCGUCUCCAGCCAAAACCAGUUGUCACUUCACGAGGACAGACGCAAUACAGUCGCCGAGAAGAAUACGAAAAGCAACAACAAUUAUAUGCUGAGGUGGAUGAUCUACCACCAGUCGAAGAACUUGAGACCGACAGGCAACAGAGGGUGUACAGAGGACAACCAUCAACAAUAGGACAGGUUCAAAAGGACAGAGACGGCUAUGUGUCACAGCCCAUAUCAUCUGGAAGGACUCUAAAUGCUAAUAUUAUUCCCGCUUCGUUGAACCAGAACAGCAAAAUUGGAUCAUUCUCUUUUGGUAGCCAGGUUGAUGAGAGAAGAACCGCUACAGCUACGCAGGCGCCACAAACUUACAGUGGACAAAAAGACAACGUAACUGAUAUUCCUGACAGACUUAUAGACAUUUCGACUAAUGAAAUUGAAAUCGAUGGAGCUUCUUUCAAAACUCAUCAAAGAACUAAACGUUCAACUGCGCCAUUAGAUUUCAAUUUUGACAGCAAAAACCAAACUCAAAUUACGAAAAGAAUUGAUGAUGACCAAGUAAUGGAAUAUUUUGAAGCCGAAACUGAACCCAGUUUAAAUGACUAUGACGAUGACCACGACGAAACCGAAAGAGACAAGCGACAAGUUAGAUACUAUUUAAAAAAUGGCUAUAAAACACCAGUUAAAAUAUGGCCUAAUACAAAGCAAAUAAAAUUAGUUGAUUUACAGCAUUAUAAUCCUAAUAUACAAAGUCCUAGAUAUCAAACACAGUAUAAUAAUGAUAACUUAAAUAGUGCAACACGACAACAGUUACCUCAAAGCUAUUUUCAAAAUCCCUAUUUAACGUAUCAGACAGAUAAUUUCCAAUCACAACGGCCCUUUAAACCAAGUAUUCCAGACAUCGCUAAACAAAAGCCAACUAACAUUAAUACGCAAAUAAUAACUAAAAGCCCCCCUAUAUCGUCACUCAACAAUAAUGACAAUCCCUUUGCUUCUUUGUCUGGUGGUUUUUACAAUAACAACCAGAAUAAAGUUACUCAUAAUAAUCAAAACAUGCAAUAUUCAUUUCAACCUGUUACACCAAAAUAUGUUUCAUUUCCUGAUUCAUCGCAGCUCUCAACAACGCUUGUUACGGGAAAACCCGUACAUGGUAAUCCGACUAUUUCUCCAAAUAAUUAUAAUUCCAAUUAUCAAGUUCCUGAUACACAACCAAGUAAAUUUCAUAAUACAAAUGAUCUAAACAAAAAACCUAAUGUUGCCAAGCCUGUAGACGUAGAUGAAGAGUAUGAAGACGAAGACUCGGAUGAAAGUGAUGAUGAGGAAUCAGAAGAAUUUCAAAACGGUGGUAAUUUCAAACCAUUUUCAACACGGCUACCUCAUGAAUAUACACACCCAAAAAAUAAAUAUGCUCAUAUUGAUAAUCCGUUUGCAAAUCCUAACUUUGAUUUUGAUGAGUUUCUAUCUAACUUAAGAGAAAACCACUAUUCAGCAAUUGGUGUGACAACAUCUAAGCCUAAACCAGUUCCAGACAUGGCUUUUAAUCUACAAACUCCAAAAGUUUAUUCAUCUACUCCUUCUUAUGACAAGAAAGUUACUAAUCCUACGGCUUUUGGAAGCACAGGCGUCAGUUCUCCCAAACCAUUUACUAUUCCCGGGGUUAUAAGCAACUCAGCAAAUCUGCAUAAUGUACAACAUGCGCAUAGUAAUGUGGACUCUUAUAAUAAUCCACCACAAGUCUUUAAAGGACAAACAGGAUUAGUCGCUUCAAAGUUUAAGCCUCCAAACUUUAAAGAUGAUAGACAGCUACCACUUCAAUAUAAUUUUAAUACGCAAUUUGGAAAUAAUAUCAAUAACAAUCAAACACGUCUCACAUCACCAAAUUCUUUUUCACAAUAUUUGCACGAAGUUACGCCUAAGCCAUUUAACGCUAAUACGAGGUUUAACAGCGUUACUUCAAGUACAAAUGCGUACCGUCAGGCUAAUUCAAUGUCGAGUGAAAGACCAUUUGUAACCUCUACUAUGAAACCUGAUAAUGCUUACAUUGUAACUUUUCAACAAUCAACUAUUAAGCCAUCAUUGGCGAAUAACCAACUAGCUGCUCUUCAGAACCAUUGGAAACAGACUGCAAGUGAUUUCUCAGAUAUUAUGAAGUCUACACUUAGACCCAAUUACUUUUCCGACAUACCAAAUUUAGAAGGGUUGUUUAAGCAAGCAAUACAUCCUUCCUCCCAGGCACCAAUAAAGUCUCCUGAAUCUGUUAGACACUACAUGACAACAACGUCAACAACGACUACCAAACCCCCUCUUAAACGUAAACCUAUACCUAAACCUUCGCCAGAAAUGACCGACUACUAUUAUGAUGAUGAAGAUGAUCAGUAUUAUUAUGAACCUAUGGUGAAGCCAAAAUAUAUGCCAAGUACUGAAGUAAAACCGCAACGCCCGCCCAUGGCUCAGAACUACCAUGAAUAUGAUGACUCCAGCGAAGAAACAGGUGACUUGAAAAACAUAAAAGGAAAUUCCCUUGCACCUCGUAGACCAACAAACCCAAACUCUCUCUCGGAUAGUGUUACCAAAAAUCAUAAUGAUGUAUCAGUUGUCACGAAAGUUCCUUUUAAACAGUCAUUGAAAAACAUCAACGGAAAAAUACCUGUCCCUGUGAUGGGAUAUGUUUCUCCAGAUGUAACACAUCAGGAUUUAAAUGAAUUGUCCAUGGUUCAUCAUAUACGAAACAGAACAUAUCACAUGCGAGUUCCUAAUGGUAAUAAUCCUUAUACCUUGAAACCACCAAAAUAUCUUAACCAGACUACAUUGAGGCCUUAUACGUUAAGACAUAGAUUAGCUAAACCUACAACUGUAAAAGACAGUGCGACUCAAAGUGAAGAAAAUAAACAGACGCGGGGUCGAAUACGUCACCACAACAUCGUUGCACAAAUGAAAUUGACUACUCCAUCUGACAGCUCUAAACAAGAGACUCGUUACACAAAGACCAGUCACGAUGACAAAAUAAACAGUUUGGAACCCACUGAAAGCAUUCCACCAUCAUCUUACUCGGCCAGUCCUCGCCCCAAAAUGCUAUACAACGGUUCUCAGGCAUACAGUCCUGACCAGUAUGAUCCUUAUUAUGCUGUUUAUGACGAAGACGGUGAAUUGUACAAAGACACAGAUUAUGUGCAGCAAUAUAACGUAGGCUCACUCCGCCCGGCAGUCCAGCAGACGUACCGUGGCACGCCACCACCGGCUCGCCGACCUGUGGAGACCUACACGCCCAGACCCGUAUUGCCUGAUGACUACGAUGACGCACUCAUUCAAGGACAGAUACCUAACCAGAAUCAGUAUCAGACAGCUAUUCGUCAACAGACAAGGGGCGAUGUUAAUGAAUUGGGCUAUGAUCAUGUUCCAAGCAGCGUGAGAACAACUAUUUAUGAAGCUACAUCCUUAAGCACAACUCCUCCAACGACAAGCACUACCUUUACCACUACUACCACUACUACCACGACUUCUACCACAAAACGUCCAACCACUGCACCCUUCAAAGAAACAAUAACUGUGACUCGUUUUAGUCCAAGAUCGUCAACUGAUGAAAAUUCAUUUCGCGAUUCCGAUCCUAACGAAAAGCGAACAAAUCUUAAUGAAUCCACCUCAACUCUUCCUGCAACUUUAUCCUCUCGUAUAAACUUUUCGUCCCAUGCAAAACCCUUUGAAAAGACUGACAACCUUAACAGGUUGGACGAUAACUUACCCUCGACUGAUUUACCGACAAUAAAACCAGUUGCUAGAGUAACACCAAACAGUGAACAUAAUUUAAAAAUUGUUCAAGACAAUUAUAAGCCUGUUAAUAAAAAAAUGAUAUCGUUAACUACAGGCUUUUCUAUUCGACGAAAUUCAAAUGAUACUGAUAAUCCUUACACAUUGACUGUAAGAACUAAACCUUAUGAACCAUUUAUUGCUCCUGUCAAAUCUUCAAAUAACAAUGUGAAUAAUAAAAAACAAGAUAUCCAAAGAUAUUACUAUGAUGUUGACAAAAAUGUAGAUGAUCAUAAAAUUGAGAGUGAUUUGAAUAUAACUACAUCAAUAAGUGAAAAUAAUGAUAACCUUCAAAUCGCAGAAGUUAGGGAAUUGACAAAACAUAAGCGACCCCACAUAAAAGUAACACCUACACCAAAAACAAAAAUAAGAAUUAAUACUACUCCAUCAUCAACAGAUUCGACAAAAUUUUACCUCAAAACAGUACGUAGAAGGCCAGCAACAAAUACCAACCAUAUCGAAAAAACCUUUUCCUCAACAGACAAUAUUAAGUUGGACGAUAUUGUAGAUUCAGCUAUACAGAAUGAAGAUAAACAUGAGAAAUUGGAAACCAUGCAAUCAAGUACGUCCAAGGUUACUGAUGAACAAUUAGGCGAUAGAUACUUAAAUAAUAGACAGUGGGAUGAAUCUGUUAUAUCACCCUAUGAAACGCUCAAUAAUUUACGUAAUAAAGAGACCGAACAAGAUUUAGAAUAUACAUCAACAAGUACCACUACCAGUACCACUAGCACAUUACCUCCGAGACAAUUCUUAGAUGGCUACGUUAGCAGAGAUAAGCCAAUAACGCAACAACCCUCGUACUACACGUAUCGCGUUGCAGACGAUGAUGUUCCGGAUCAAACAACUGAAGUAUUUAAUGGGAGAGUGAGAAAUAUAAUUAAAACAUUUUUCAAUAGCUUUACAAGUACGCCACAAUUUAUAGAAACAACAUCACUCUUUUCAACACCUCUACCGAAGGAAGAAGUUGUUAAUAUUGGCUUUCAAAAAAAGAAAAUAAAGUAUGUUGAAGAAAAACCUGUUCGGAACAAUAUUAAAUAUCUUCAAAUUAUUACUGAGCCCAGUGUAACAGAAAUUCUACCAACUUUUGUAAAUGUUCCGGAAAUGGUAUCUGAAGUGACCGAUUCAAUCAUUACAUCAACGUAUAAUACACCACCAGUUCUUCCUUCUAGACAAGGUGAAAAUAAACAGAGCUAUACAAGUAUUUUGGAAAGUUCAACUGUAAAUGAUUUUGUUAACAUACAAAAACCUAACUCUUACGAGUCUAAAUUUACGAAGUUUGUAACACACAAACCAGACCAUUUAAAAUCUGCUAAAUAUACAAAGUUACUUAGCAAGGAGCCUUUAGUUGACGAUAUAAUCCCUACCCAAGGUUAUGAUCGAUUAUCAACCACGACUUUGUCUAACAGUGACAUUAAGUAUAAUACAAGCGCGAAGUCAAUUGAACUUCAGCCAAUAAUAGUUAGCGACAUUGCUUCAACUACAAGCACGACAAAAUCGACAACAACGACAAAAACUGAUUACGACUUGACUUCGACUAAAAAUUUACCUUUCCCAACUCGGGUAUCGCGAGUCAAUCCCGCCAUAAAGUUAGCGGCGAAAACCCUUGGAGAUGGGCGCAGGAGUUAUCAAUCGUCGCCAAAUUGCUCAACAGACAACCGUCUGCAAGCGAAUCCAAAAUGCAACGAAAUCAAAUACCAGAGACCAAGCAACACACGUGGACGCGGUUCCGCGCACUACUCUACUCAGGGUGGAUCUGAUUCUCCUCCACAAACUCCUAACCGAGGAACUCCACCAACCCGCAGUCGUCCGACAUUGAAACCUUCAACUGCUAUUGUGUCUAAGACCGCUGAUGCCCCAGAUAUAUACACCAUACCUCCAAGCCGGCCCGCACCAGUAUACCCACAACCACAGCCAGACAAAACCGCAGCCAAAUGCAGAAAAGACGUUUGUCUUUUACCAGACUGUUUCUGCGGUGGAAAGGAUAUUCCUGGAAAUUUACCCGUCGACGAAGUACCUCAAAUUGUACUUAUUACGUUUGACGAUGCUGUGAGCGACUUAAAUAAAAUGUACUAUGAAGAGUUAUUUGAAAGAGGCCGCGUCAAUCCAAAUGGAUGUCCCAUAAGUGCCACGUUUUAUGUAUCUCAUGAAUGGACAGAUUACAGUCAAGUUCAGAAUUUAUAUGCCGAUGGCCAUGAGUUUGCCUCCCACACUAUAUCUCAUAGCUUUGGUGAGCAAUUUUCUCAGAAGAAAUGGAACAGAGAAGUAGGCGGGCAAAGAGAGAUAUUAGCCGCAUAUGGUGGAGUAAAACUAGAAGAUGUAAGAGGAAUGAGAGCUCCUUUCCUUUCUGUCGGAGGCAACAAGAUGUUUAAAAUGUUAUAUGAUUCCAACUUUACAUAUGAUUCCUCUUUACCUGUAUAUGAAAACAAACCCCCGAGCUGGCCUUACACGCUCGACUACAAAUUGUUCCACGAUUGCAUGAUUCCACCUUGCCCAACGAAAUCAUACCCAGGUGUUUGGGAAGUUCCUAUGGUGAUGUGGCAGGACCUGAAUGGUGGCAGAUGUUCUAUGGGGGACGCUUGCGCUAACCCAUCAGAGGCAGAGGGCGUGUACAAAAUGAUUCUGAAAAACUUUGAUCGUCAUUACACAUCCAACAGAGCACCAUUUGGUCUCUUCUAUCACGCCGCCUGGUUCACUCAGGCUCACCACAAGGAAGGAUUCAUUAUGUUCCUGGACUUUAUUAACAAAAUGAAGGAUGUGUGGAUUGUCACCAAUUGGCAAGCUCUCCAGUGGGUCAGAGACCCUACUCCAAUAUCUAGGCUUAACAAUUUCCAGCCAUUCCAAUGCAAUUACCAAGGCCGACCGAAGAAGUGCAACAACCCAAAGGUGUGUAACCUUUGGCACAAAUCCGGGGUACGGUACAUGAGGACUUGCCAGCCAUGUCCCGAGAUUUACCCCUGGACAGGCAAAACUGGCAUCAGAUCGUCGCGCAUCGACAAUGAAAUUGAAGAUAAAUAAAUUUAAGAACUCGCAUAUUUUUGAUCCACUAACUUAGCCAAUGUGGCAUGGAUCAAUUAGGCAGAAAUUGUUUUCUCCAGAGUGCCAUAAUGGUCACAAAGCAAACAAUUUCGUGUGAUUCGAAUUUGUAGUAAAUAAAUUUAUUAUAGGAAUUGUAUUGGAAACUGUGAUAUUGUAAGUUUUCAAUCAUCUAGGAUGAGAAACAUUUCGAAAACUACCUAUUUUAAGUUUGAUAGAUAAAUACUCGGUGCAAUGUUUUGCAAUAUAUUUCAUUUUUAUCGAAUUUCAUUGCUUCCUCUUUCAAAUCUGAUAACUCUGGUACAAAAGCCAUAUUAAAAUUUAGACAUUUCUUGCCAGCUUUGUGGUUGACACUGCCUUUUUUGUAAAUAUAGUUAUUUUAGCGUAGGUGUAUGAUUUUCUAGAAAGAAUGAAUUUAAAGUGGGUUGUGGAGACGUCUGUUUACAUCGAAUAGAUGAAACACAUGUCUAUACGACUGAAAGGAUUCUAAAAUAACUCCGGAAAUUAUGUUUUGAUGCAAAAAGACGAUUAAUAACGCUUGAUGCGAAGCUUUUGCUUGCGAUAUUUAUAACGAUUAGAUAAGUAUUGUAAAUAUAGGAUAAUAUUUAAUAUUUGUAGUUCCAUUUUGUACAAUUAUUUUUGUGAAUUCCUACCGAUGCGAUUCCCCGAUUUGACUUAUGCGUUGUUUAAGCAAAAUGUAAUGUGAUUUGUAUAAGACAAUGUAAUUUGAAUAUGAUCCAGAAUAAAAUUAUUUAAUUUGA